AUGACUAAAUUACAAUAUCUGAAUGUGUAUCUGACUGAGCGUCUCAUGCAAGCUGCUGAGGAAAUACUAAGAGUUGUCGCAGACACGAUCUCCGAGUACCAGGAAGAAAUAUCCCGGACAAAGCGAGAGAACCAAUACCUUAAACGACACUUGAUCACACCGGUCCUACAGCCGGAGCCGCGAACACCCCCUGAACAACAGCACUGUGAGCAGGAGUGGAGGCUCAGUCUGGGCCAGGAGGACCUUGAGACCACACAGAUUAAAGAGGAACAGGGUGAACUCUGGACCAGUCAGGAGGAAGAGCAGCUUCAAAUACCAGAGUCUGAUACCAAAGAAGACUACAUAUCUACUCUUCCCUGUGUGAAAAAUGAUGAAGACCGACCUCAGCCUUCACAUCUUCCCCGAACCAAAACUGUGGAGAACAGAGUGAGAGAGUCUCUACUGACCAACACAACUGGACAGAUCAAAACAGAACCUGAUGGCUAUGGAGUAUCACUAUCAGAACCAACCAGUGACUCCCCUCAGUCUCAGCCCGUCUCUGAAGUAAGUCCAGACUGUUCUAGAACACAAAGUCAGAACACUGAGAACACGGAAAGUGUUCCUAUUGUUCUGAGAGAUCUAGAAAGGAGAACAGAGGAGGAUACAGACACACACUCAUGUACUCAGUGUGGAGCCAUGUUCUGUGAGCUUUCCCAACUGGAGGCACACAUGCCAUCCCACACAGUACCUCACAGUGGUGACACUAGUCACAGGCAAAUCAUGUGCACAGUCUGUUGGAAGUCAUUCACCUCUACCAGUUACCUCAAGGUCCACCAGCGUUCUCACACUAAGGAAAAGCCCUUUCACUGUGGUGUGUGUGGCAAGAGCUUCAGCUACUCAGGGAAGUUCAGGGAACACCAACGGAUUCACACAGGAGAGAGACCUUACCGCUGCUACGUGUGUGGUAAACGCUUCAACCAGUCAGCCCACCUGAAGGCCCACCUGAGGGUACACACAGGGGAGAAACCCUACUCCUGCCCUGUCUGUGGGAAAGGAUUCAGUCAGUCCAGCCAGAUCAAGAGACACCUCAGAACUCACAUCCAAGAGAGGUAG